GUAUCAGUGAAGUUGAAGCAUAUCGAAUUUUGGGUACUGGGUCCAGUUCUAUUAUUUUUAAAGCAUACACUUCAGAGAAUAUAUGGGUAGUACUUAAAUACAGUUUGGAUAAUCAUUAUCUAGAAUGCGAAGUUCAGAUGUUGAAAAAAUUUGAAAAACUCAAGAGUAUUCCGAAAUUAUUAUACGAAGAUCUCCAUAAUCCUAUUAUGAGUAUCCCAUGCAUUGUCACUAGUAUGAUUGGCAAGAAAAUCACGAAGGUUUAUGUGAUAAUUGCCUGCAACAUCAUCGCCGAUGUUAUUGAAAUUCUAAAGGCCCUUCAUAAAUAUGGGUACAUUCAUAAUGAUAUUCAUUUUGGGAAUAUUCCAGAAGGCCAUGUAAUAUUUGCCUCUCAUAAUAGAGGUAAGUAUCUUAGAGCUGGAGAUGACUUGAAAUCCCUUUGUUAUAUAAUUGCAUUUAUGUAUGAUUUGAACAAGGCAUAUUGGAAUACUGUCAUCAAGGAUUCAUACCAGGCCAUUCAUAUGAAAGAAAGAAAACUCACUUAUCUUUUUGACGGGCUUCUAUUAAACUUGUUCUUGGAGACUGCAAGAACUUGUUCUCAACUAAAAAAACACCUUCAGGAAACGUUACAAGAAAGUUCUAAUCAUAACCGACAUCGAAUUGAGCAGCAAGUCUGGUGA